GCGCCGAUUUCGAAAGCGGCCUCUGGAGAAUCAUGAUUGACUACAAGCAUGGAGUCUGGGGCAUGGGCGUGCUGCUGAAGCGACGUGGAUCUGUCAUCCCAAAAGCAUUGGUGUGGUCCCUGCCCUGCGCCAUCAUCACUGUGCUGCUCCAUCAAUCCGUUGAGAGCGAGAAGGGGAAUGACAGCUUGGAGAUGGAGGGGAUCAUGACAAUUUGGUCCAGCUUCACCUUUGUUUUGGGUUUUCUGAUCGUUUUCCGAAGCAACCAAGCCUAUUCACGCUUCUGGGAGAGCGUCACCUUGUUUCAGCAGACCAGUGGUGAAUGGACCAGCGCCCUCAGCAAUUUGUUAUCCUUCUGUCGCCUCGAUGAGGAAGUCAACUUCGAGGUCUUGAAAUUCCAGCAAUAUUUGAUUAAAUUGCUGAGCCUUUUGCAUUGCAGUGCCUUACAAACGAUGUGUGAGCUGGAUGAUGAUUCUUUAGAGAUUCUGAGCCUCACAGGCAUUGAGGAGAAGAGUUUGAGGCAUCUGAAAAACAGCCCGGAUCGUGCUGAGACGGUGCUGCUGUGGAUCGAGAAGCUGAUCAUCGAUGCCAACAACAGGAAUUUGUUCGAAGUACCAGCGCCCAUCCUCUCGCGCGCCUUCCAGGAGUUAUCUCAAGGAAUGGUUGGUGUGAACGACGUCCGCAAGAUUCGCAUGGUACCGUUUCCUUUUCCUUACUCCCAGUAUUUGUCCCUGAUGCUCGUUUGCCAUUGGAUGCUAACCCCAGUGAUGGCGAGUCAACUGGUGGUCAAGCCAUAUUGGGCCGGGGUCAUUGUUUUUGUCGUUUCCACCUCCUUCUGGACCUUGUUCUACAUCGCACAAGAGAUCGAUCAGCCUUUUGGGGAGGAUGCCAACGAUCUGCCCGUGCGAGAAAUGCAGAAGGAUUUCAAUGAGAAAUUGGAAUAUUUCACGGAUCCCUUGUCCUACACCUUGCCGGCCUUCAACCCGCGCAACAUGGACCAGAAGAAGACGCAGGUCAUGGACUCCAGCUUCACCUUCAACCGUGACAGUAUUGGCUCCCGCACUCACAGCGAUUUGGGCAGACUAGAGGAGGGCAAAGUGACCUCCAGUUGUGAAUCUUCAGAUCCCAGUGACAGCGCGGUGCUCACCGCAGGCGGCUUCACUUGCGGGGUAAAGGCGCAUGAGCCCCUCAACUUGGAGGAGCUGAGACAUCUCAUCGAGGGACUCCAAGCACCAUCGGAAGUGAGUUUGCUAUGGCGAGAGCUGGAAGACCAUCAGAUCCUGCCCCCUUCCACCGCCACGGACGCGGCGAGCGGCUCGGGUUCCACGCUGAUGUCGCUACAGCAGCUGACUGCGGCGCUGGAGGACUUUCUGGCGAGGCACACGGCGGAAGAUCCUUCCUACAGUCGCUUAGAACGACUGAAGGCGAAGCUGAGUGAGCUGCAAGGACUAGAAACAGUGGCCCAGAUUCUUUCUGUUGCGGAUACGGGCCAAGACCUUGACAUCACAGGCAUUGAAUCUCAGCUUGAUCAAACCUUGUUGGGCAGCCAGCGGGGUCAUAUUGUAACUGCAAACGUGCGACAGGUGCCAUACCCAGCCAAAGUUGCACUUUUUGGUCA